AUGCCAAUGGAAGUUGAUGUAAACGAUGAAGCAGCUGUGAUGAUGUUAUCCAGUUGGAGUAUGAUCUCGAGAAUGGAUCAGUCUACAACAAUUGCCCUGCUUUCUUAUGUUUCAUCUGAUGGAUCUCAAUAUCCUAUCGACAAAAAAGUAUCACCAACUGAUAAAGACAAUGAGAAAGAAAGCUUAUGGAAAAGCUCUGCCACCGAACCAAUCAACCAUCCCCACGAAGCCACAUCAAAACCUACAAAGACAUGA